GGACGCAGAAUGAGGGCGCGUCUAAAGAUCCUCCCCAGAGUCUUACCUGAAAAAAACUGCAGGAAUACUUGUACGCCAUAGUAAAGGCAUGUCGAGGACGCGACCACAGGAUGUUUUUCAUUAUUAGCUAGGCACUGCUUUCGAGAUUCACCAUGUAUACGACUGAACGCAGGCGCAUGAGCCUGCGCGAGACCAAGAGAAAGGAUCCCGUCCGAGUUUCAGCUGGAAGUUUAUGGCAGGAUCCUUUGGCUCUCGAAAUAGGCGGCGGAUGUAAAGGCAUAACUUCCCCGCGGAGUCGAACCAGGGCUUUAAACGUGGCGUAUAUCGCCGUUGGGGACGGGUCUUUGCCUCAAACUGAGGAGAAUCUUUCAUACACAUGUCUUGCAGAAGCCUGCGAAGACGCGCACGCCGUGCUGAAGAGCGUUUCUUUUGAGCGCAUUGCGUUGGGAACGACUGAAAUCCUAGACAGUUUUUACAACGCAGAUGUUGUCGUGGUGGAGAUGAACAACUCUAUCUGCCAGCCGUCUCUGUUUUAUCACCUGGGUGUCAGGGAGAGUUUUAGUAUGACCAAUAAUGUCAUCCUGUACUGUAACAAACAAGAGGAACAUCUUCAAGUUGUGAAGGAACAAUGUGGAAGCUACACUUUUAUCCCCUACAUGGUGUCACCGCAGGGUAAAGUAUUUGCCUGUGAUGCCACACUGAUGAGAGGAAUCAAAGAUUUCCUUCAUUCCAGCUUUAAAUUUGAAUCCCUGCUGACCCCGUUGGUGGAUCGACUGGUCAAGUUGCUGGAAGGUGUUCACAUUAAUUCAAGCGAAUACCUCCACGAGGCAAUCCGCAGGGAGAUCCGUCUGGCUCGAGAGCACUUUUCCGGAGCGGCCCUGAGUCAGGAGCUGGGCCGGAUCCAGAAGCGGCUGGACUCGGUGGAGCUUCUGAGUCCAGACGUUGUUAUGAGCCUCCUGCUGUCUUACAGAGACAUCCCGGACUACGACUCCAUCAUAAAUCUGUUGGAGACUUUGAAUAAUUUGCCCAUGUGCAUGGUGAUAUCACAUCAGAACAUUAAGUUUCAGUAUAUUUUUGCAUUGAACAGGAGGAAUCACCCUGGUGAUCGUGACAAGGCUUUAAAGCUGAUUUUACCCAUUGUGGAGUCAGGGAACACCGUGGCCUCAGACGUGUACUGCCUGUGCGGGCGCAUCUACAAGGACAUGUUCCUGAGCUCAGGCUUCAAAGACACAUACAGCAGAGAUCGAGCAUGUUACUGGUACGGCAAGGCCUUUGAGAUUGAACCCUCUUUGCAUUCUGGAAUCAAUAAUGUUGUGCUCCUGAUGGCUGCUGGGCAUGAAUUCGACACCUCUAUUGAACUGCGGAAAAUCGGUGUCACACUCAGUAGCCUGCUGGGCAGGAAGGGCUGUCUUGAGAAGAUGCAGGACUACUGGGAUGUUGGUUUUUAUCUUGGGGCUGGAAUCUUGGCCAACGAGCACAAGAAAGUCAUAGAAGCUUCAGAGAAACUCUACAGGAUCAAAGCGCCAAUGUGGUAUGUUGCAUCCAUUAUGGAGACGUAUAUACUAUACAAGCAAUUUGCCAAACCCAAAGACGUGAAUCAUCCUAAACAGGAAACUGUGGACUUUUGGAUGGAGUUGAUGGUGCAGGCGUGCAAACCUACAGUUUCCACAGCACGCUGCCCGGUUCUGAUUCUGGAACCCACUAAAGUCUUCCAACCCAGUAUAAUAAGCGUAAGUGAGGAAGAUGACAGCCGUACGGUGCAGCUGAGACACGUCACUCCACUCGAGAAAGGUCUUCAUGAGUGGACUUUCCCAGCAUCUGCUAUUCGUGGAGUAAGCAUCUCCAAGUUCGACGAACGGAGCUGCUUCCUGUAUGUCCUGUACAAUUCAGAUGACUUCCAGUUGUACUUUCCCAGCGAUCUUCAUUGUAAAGGGUUCUGUGAUUUGGUGAGCUCUCUAUUGCAUCAAACAGAAAGUCCCGUGGAAGAUUCCAGUCAGAUCAGGGAAGGGGAAGGAGUUUUAGAGUACAUCUAUGAGAUAAAUGAGAAUAAAGACAAGGUGGUGCUGGGGAAAGGAACCUAUGGAGUGGUGUACGCUGGACGGGACCUAAGCAAUCAUGUGCGCAUCGCAAUCAAAGAGAUCCCUGAGAAAGACAGCACGUAUGAACAUGUUUUUCAAUUGCGUUGAUGUUUAUUGGUUAAAUGCCUACGUUUGAUCUUGAUGUAUGUCACUUAACAACAUAGUAAAACAUACGUUUAUAACAUACUUUUACGAACAUGUUUUUCAAUUGCGUUGAUGUUUAUUGGUUAAAUUCCUACAUUUGAUCUUGAUGUAUGUCACUUAACAACAUAGUAAAACAUACUUUCAUAACGCCUAAAACC